AUGCGGCUUCUGCCGGAGCUGAUUGGUAUUCCUAAAAAGUUGAGCGGCUGGCGUCUGCGAGAGAAAGCCGCUCCGUCUUGGCUCGGAGCGCAGGAAAGGCCGGAGCUGGGCCCGGCCCAGAUGCUCUCCACCACGAACCCGUUGUACGAGACCUAUUACAAGCAGGUGGAUCCAGCCGGCACCGGGCGAAUCGGAGCCAGCGAUGCGGCCCUUUUCUUGAAGAAGUCAGGCUUGGCAGACACUGUUCUUGGGAAGAUAUGGGACUUGGCAGAUCCCGAAGGCAAAGGAUUCUUGGACAAACAGGGAUUCUUCAUUGCACUGCGACUGGUGGCAUGUGCGCAGAGCGGCCACGAUGUCAGCCUCAGCAGCCUCAGCUUGCCGUUGCCGCCUCCGAAAUUCCCCGACAGCACGAGCCCACUCCUGGUGUCUUCGUCGGAUGCUCACUGGGCUGUCAGAGUGGAGGAACGAGCCAAAUUUGAUGGCAUUUUUGAAAGUCUCCUCCCGGUCAAUGGUUUGCUUUCGGGAGACAAAGUGAAGCCGGUACUAAUGAACUCCAAGCUACCUCUGGAUGUCCUGGGGAGGGUGUGGGACCUCAGCGACAUCGACAAGGAUGGGCAUUUGGACCGAGACGAGUUUGCCGUGGCGAUGCACCUGGUCUACCGGGCCCUCGAGAAGGAGCCAGUCCCCUCCGUCCUGCCCUCGUCGCUCGUCCCGCCUUCCAAGCGGAAGAAGGCGGCCCUGUUUCCAGGGGCAGUGCCGGUCCUGCCCGCCAGCCCUCCCCCCAAAGACAGCCUGCGCUCCACCCCGUCCCAUGGCAGCGUCAACAGCCUCAACAGUACAGGGAGCUUGUCCCCCAAGCACAGCUUGAUUCACUUAUCGCCCUCGGCCAACUGGGUGGUCCCCCUUGGGGACAAGGCACGCUACGACGAGAUUUUCCUGAAAACGGAUCUCGACAUGGACGGCUUUGUGAGCGGCCUGGAAGUCAAGGACAUAUUUAUGCACUCGGGGCUGUCCCAGAAUGUCUUAGCCCACAUCUGGGCGCUGGCCGACACGAGGCAAACGGGGAAGCUCAACAAGGACCAGUUUGCUCUGGCCAUGCACCUCAUUCAGCAGAAGGUCAGCAAGGGGGUCGAUCCGCCCCAAGUGCUGCUCCCGGACAUGAUUCCCCCAGCGGAAAGGACCACCCCGGUCCAGGACAGCUCCAGUUCCGUAGGAUCGGGGGAAUUCACCGGCGUGAAAGAACUGGACGAUAUCAGCCAGGAGAUCGCGCAGCUGCAAAGAGAGAAGUAUUUGUUAGAACAAGAAAUUCGAGAGAGGGAAGGAGCGAUCCGUCAGAAAACCAGCGAAGUCCAGGAGCUGCAGAACGACCUCGACCGGGAGACCAGCAGUUUGCAAGACCUGGAAGCUCAGAAGCAAGACGCCCAGGACCGCCUGGAUGAGAUGGAGCAGCAGAAGGCCAAGCUGAAGGACAUGCUGAGCGACGUGAAGCAGAAAUGCCAGGAGGAGACACAAGUGAUCACAUCGCUGAAGAUGCAGAUUGAAUCCCAGGAAUCGGAUCUGAAGUCCCAGGAAGACGAUAUCGGCCGAGCAAAAACUGAACUGAAUCGGCUGCAGCAGGAAGAGACGCAGCUGGAACAGAGCAUCCAGGCUGGGAAAGUGCAGCUGGAGACCAUCAUCAAAUCUUUGAAGUCCACCCAGGAAGAAAUCAACCAGGCAAGGAGCAAACUCUCCCGGUUGCAAGAGAGCCACGUGGAGGCCAGCCAGAGCCUUGACCUAUACAACGAAGCCUUGAACGGCGUCCACGGGGGUAGCAUGACGAACCUGGCGGAUCUCAGCGAGGGGGGCGCCCAGAAAGACCGGAGUGGCUUCGGGGCUUUGGAGGGUCCAUUCAAGAACAAGGCCCUGAUAUUCAGCAGCCACGGUCAAGAGAUGCCCCCCGACCCUUUCCACACUGAGGACCCCUUUAAAGGAGCAGACCCUUUCAAAGGCAAUGAUCCUUUCCAGAACGACCCUUUCGCUGAUCAGCCCUUGGCCGCUUCAGAUCCAUUCGGAGGGGAUCCGUUUGAAGAAAGCGACCCAUUCCAGGCAUCUGCCCCCGAAGAUUUCUUUAAGAAACCGGAGAAAAGCGACCCAUUCACUUCAGAUCCCUUCCUACAGAACUCCACGCUCCCUAACAAAUCGAAUUUCUUCGACCACAGCGAUCCUUUCCUGUCCCUGAGCGCCUCUUCCUCAAAAGGCCCAGAUCCGUUUGGGACGCUGGACGCCUUUGGGAGCAGCGCUUUCAGUGGUGGCAGCACCGAAGGCUUUGCCGAUUUCAGCCGCAUGUCGAAGCCGCCGGCUUCGGAUCCGUUCUCCUCCUCUUUCGGAGGCUCUGGUUUCCCGGACGACCCUUUUAAGAGCAAAGCAGACACUCCUGCCCUCCCACCGAAGAAAAGCGUGCCCGUGAGGCCAAAACCAUCCAGUGGUAAGAGCCCUCCCGUCGGCCAGGGGGGGUCUUCCGACUUCGCCACAGCCCCCGAUCCAUUUCAGCCGUUUGGGGCCGACCGCCACCGCGACCCGUUUCAGACUCAGAAAGGGUUUGGGGAUCUGUUUAGUGGAAGAGACCUCUUUGCUCCUUCCUCUCCGAGUAAACCUACUAAAGACUCUUCCCUGGGGUUUGCGGACUUCAGCUCUCUUGGCAAUGAGGAGCGUCAGCUGGCGUGGGCCAAGCGGGAGAGUGAGAAAGCAGAGCAGGCGAGGCUGGCCCGCUUGCGGCGCCAGGAGCAGGAGGACCUGGAACUGGCCAUCGCCCUCAGUAAGGCUGACAUGCCGACUCCUUAAAAGCCCCUGGGUGGGCCAACCAGCCGAGUAGACCCCGGCGCGCCUCCUAGGUUCUCGGUGGCGUCAUCAUCCCCCACACUCACACACCUUGUUUCUCAUUCGAUCGGCACAUAUGUCUGACGGCCUCGGUGGGACUUUUCUGGCAAGGACCGAAGAGCCGCGUUUGAUCGUCUUGGGCGUCCCAUCCUCUCGUUCCUGCCUUCUUUUCUCAUUUUAAGAAAAGACUCGUCCGAGACUCUUUGGGGACUGGAAGGACUUCUCGGGGGUCCAGAGUCGCCCGGUGGCCCCGACCGACCGGCAUUGAGCUGAAGGGGGGGCCUUGCCAGCACCAGGGGGGAAAGCUAGCGCCGUGGAAAACGCCCCGACCCACCAAAUGCCACCCCCUGGCGUUUCUUGCGCAUCUCCCCUGCCAGUGUUCACCUCCAUGAAACCGAUGCUGGCAGUUGUCACUCCGUCAUACGCCCAAGUUGAAAACAAGAAGCGUGGUUUCCAUAAAGUGAUAUGCUUUGCUUUUA